CCCAGGAGGGGAAAAUCCUAGCAAAGGAUUUUUAAUAAAAUACCAUAGCUACAGAGCAGGGGAGUGAAGGCAGCAGGGGCUCCUCAGUGGCUCACUGUGCCUCCCUGGGGGGGCUGUGUGCAGAUGGUGCUGAUCCCAGGAGGGGUGUUCACCAUGGGCACCCAGGAGCCUCAGAUCCAGCAGGAUGGAGAGGGCCCUGCCCGCAGAGUGCACCUUGGCAGCUUCUACAUGGACCAGUACGAGGUCAGCAACCUGGACUUCGAGAGCUUUGUCAACUCCACGGGCUACAUCACUGAGGCAGAGAAGUUUGGUGACUCUUUUGUGUUUGAGGGGAUGCUGAGUGAGGCAGUGAAGGCUGACAUCCACCAAGCAGUGGCAGCUGCUCCCUGGUGGUUGCCUGUGAAAGGAGCCAGCUGGAGGCACCCUGAGGGCCCUGACUCCAGCAUCUCCAGCAGAAUGGACCAUCCAGUCCUUCAUGUUUCCUGGAAUGAUGCCGUGGCCUUCUGCACGUGGGCAGGGAAGCGGCUGCCAACGGAGGCUGAGUGGGAGUACAGCUGCAGAGGGGGCCUGGAAAACAGGCUUUUCCCAUGGGGCAACAAACUGCAGCCCAAAGGGCAGCACUAUGCCAAUGUCUGGCAGGGAGAGUUCCCCACCAAUAACACAGCAGAGGAUGGGUACAAGGGGACUGCACCUGUCUCUGCCUUUCCCCCCAAUGGUUACGGCCUCUACAACAUGGUGGGCAACGCCUGGGAGUGGACAUCGGACUGGUGGGCUGUGCACCACUCCCCCCAGGAGCUCCACAACCCUCAAGGGCCGUCCUCGGGCACGGACAGAGUGAGGAAGGGUGGAUCCUACAUGUGCCAUAAGUCCUACUGUUACAGGUACCGCUGUGCAGCUCGGAGCCAGAACACCCCCGACAGCUCUGCGUCCAACCUGGGCUUCCGCUGCGCCGCCACCGCCCCGGGGCCACGCUGAGCCACGCUCACAGGGCAUGGGCCUGGGCACAGCAAGGGCUGCAUCCCACCCAGGGAGAACAAAUGUGAGCAGUGUCCCUUGCUGAUGGCACACAAUGGAAAAACCUUGCUUCAAGUUCCUGCCGAGGGAAGAAAAACCAGCACGUCUCGAGAGCGCGUGGAGAACCUUCGUGUUCAUGAGCAAUCUGGCCCGGGUGUUUUGGAUUCAACUGGAACAAAAGUGAGCAGAAACAUGCCAAUCAUGUUUUCAAAGAUUACUUAAUCCCAGAAUUAGGCUUGAAAAAACCUCCAGAAUUCUUGAGUCCAGCCCUUGACUGAUCACCACCUUGUCAACUACAACAGCUCCUCUUUAGAGAGGAUCUUUAUGAAUUAGUUUUAUUUAUGUAGAGCUUCUACACUCAAAUGCAAUAAACAAAGACUUUAUAAACUUCUAGACAGCUUUAAAAGAAAUUCUAGGCAAUUAGGAAAUUCUAGGCAGCUUUGAGAGACAAUGAAGGAGUCAAGAAUGAGGGCUGGGAGAUGACAGCUCUCCCCACAGGCAGCUUGCCCUUUGUUACAUUCCACUGCAGUGAAAAUCAUGUCCAGAAAUGGGCUUCUCCUGGGGAGAUACUUGCUGCUCUUUAGGAAGUGCCUUCUGCAGCUGAGGGAGAUGAUCCUCAGGGUGAUAAUGAUUAGAAAUCUUGUACAUACUUUAAUAAAGUAUCCAGCAUUUGUUUAUACCAAAGACUUUUAUUGAUGGAAAAA